GACCGUGACAACUACCACCGCUCCGACUUCACCUCCACCGGCUGGACCGGCAUCUACGACCCCACCACCCCGACCAAGGGUCCCCUCGCCGACACCUCCUCCCUCGGCGCCCCCCGCAUCACCCCGCGCAUCCUCCACGACCACCUCAACCACUUCGUCGUCGGCCAGGACCGCGCCAAACGCGUCCUCGCCACCGCCGUCUACAACCACUACCAGCGCGUCUCCGAGCUGCAACGCCGCGAGGAGGAGGAGGAGGAGCUGGCGGCGCAGGAGGAGCGGCGGCGCAUGAGUGAGAUCCGCCGGCAUCCGGUCGAAGACGAGUUUCCGGGCCAGCAGGCCACCAUUAAUAUGCCGCCGCCAUCAUCAUCAUCAUCAUCAUCAUCGUUGGAGCAGCAAGGACCCGGUCCACCGCCGCUGGUGGAUAAUACGCCGUUGACGAUUGAGAAGAGUAAUAUCCUACUGUUGGGUCCGUCGGGUGUGGGUAAGACGUUGAUGGCGAAGACGUUGGCGAGAGUGUUGGAAGUACCGUUCAGCAUGUCGGAUUGCACGCCAUUCACGCAAGCGGGCUAUAUUGGUGAGGAUGCGGAGGUAUGCGUGCAAAGACUGCUCGCUGCGGCCAAUUACGAUGUUGCGAAGGCGGAGCGAGGCAUCAUCUGCUUGGACGAGAUCGACAAGAUCGCCACGGCGAAGGUCUCGCAUGGUAAGGAUGUGAGCGGCGAAGGUGUCCAACAAGCCCUGCUCAAGAUCAUCGAAGGCACAACGCUGCAGAUUCAGGCUAAGCAAGAGCGCGGCGCAAGCGGUGCGGCAACGCCUCGACAUGGGAGUAGCGGUACGAGCAGCAACGCCAUCGGCACCAUGGGCGGCGGCGGAGCGCAGAAAGGCGAAGUCUACAACGUCCGCACCGACAACAUCCUCUUCAUCUGCGCCGGCGCCUUCAACGGCCUGCACAAGAUGAUCCUCGACCGCAUCAGCAAGGGCAGCAUAGGCUUCGGCGCAACAGUCCGAGCGCCACCUGCCUCCUCCAGCAGCAGUAGCGGCAACCACCACGAAACCAUCCUUGAAGGUGAAGACUCGCUCUUCGAAAAACACCUCCCCUACUACUCUUCCACCCUCCACCAACAGCAGCCGAACAGCAGCAAGCAGAAACGCACCUUCAACACCCUCGACCUCGUCGAACCGCAAGACCUGCAACGCUUCGGCCUCCUCCCCGAACUCACCGGCCGCCUCCCCAUCACCUGCGCCCUCUCCUCCCUCUCCAUCGAAGCCCUCCACUCCGUCCUCACCGAACCCCGCCACAGCCUCUACGCCCAGUACCGCGCCUCCUUCGCCCUGUCCUCCAUCGACCUCCGCAUCACUUCCCCCGCGCUCCGAAGCAUCGCCACCACCGCAUCGAAAAUGGGCACCGGCGCGCGAGGGUUACGGACGGUAAUGGAGCGCGUGUUGGGGGAGGCGAUGUUUGAGUGUCCUGGUAGUGGGGUCCGGUAUGUUCUUGUCACCGAGGCGGUGGCGGAGAGGAAGUGCGGGGCGUUGUAUUUCGGGCGCGGGGAGCAGGGACGGUUCCAGGGCGUGGCGAUGGAGGAGGAGGAGCGGUGGGAGGAGCGGUUGAGGGUCGAGAGGGGGGAGGGGGAGGGGGAGUGGGAGCGCAGGGCGAGGGUGAAUUCGGAGGGUGGGGCAGCGAGGACGUUUGAGGAGUAUCGGGUCAAGGCUGCUGCGGGGGGGAUAUGA